GUUGAAGAUUAGUGGACUGACGGAAAAUAAAACAAGUUCCUUGGAGACAGGCUAAUGAAAUAACUAGUGUCAGUUCUAGCAAUUUAUGCUAUGUCGAUACUAAAGUCGAGAGAUAAUUCUGAGCUUGGCGCCAAGCGAGUAUCACAAUGGGAAGAGUUGAUGAGAAAAUUUUCAGAAUCCCGUAAAGAACAAUGCAAAUCUGUGUCCCUGGACAUACCACGGGUCCAGCGUUCAGCGAAGCAGUUCCCGACGGGAUCUAAGUAUGAAGGCACGUGGGAUGUGCUGGGUAUGAGCGGCUAUGGAGUGUACAAAUUUCCCAAUGACGUGAUAUACCAAGGAGAGUUUGAAGACGGGCUGUUCCACGGCCGCGGGGAACUGAUAUAUCCAAGUGGGGAAGUUCUUAAAGGGCAGUGGAAAAAAGGGGCUUUAAUUGACAGGAACCUCAUAUUUUCUGACGGCUUGGAAUAUAGCGAUAUAGAUUGGAAUUACUGCCGCAUGCCUGAUAGAAGAUUCACAAUCGAAUACAAUACUGGGCUGCAACCGGCUGGGCAAUCGUACAUGACCCCUGAACAGCCGCCGCGAGAAAUACCCAUCGGCUAUUAUGAUACCGGCGACGGUUUUUAUGAUCCCAAAACUAAAGUCGUUUACAGUAUUCACGAUCCUACUGCUAUAAUUAGAUCUCCUUCAGUUCGAGAACAAAAGUGGAUUAUAGAAAACUGUAGAACAAAUCCCCUUCCUCCAUUGGGACCUCGCAAAGAUCUAUAUGAAGAAUGGAGGGAACCGCUCCUAAAUUUGCGUUCAAACGAACACCAUCCCUCAACUGUCAUUUCUUCUAAGUCUUUGUAUUCCCUUAGCUAUCAAGAUAUGGAAGACAUCCACGAAUAUGGUACUUGCUAUUGGAGGAAGCCUUCAGAAGGCGCUUGGAACAGACGUUUUAUAACAUUCGAGUCUUAGUCAUCAUCAGUCAGUUUUGGGGCAAUAUAGUUAGAUGCUUUUACUUUAUUUGUUUUUAAAUAAAUGAUUAUUUUUUA